AUGAUAAUCCCGAUAUUACUGCGUUCAUCUCGGGCAGAAUUAGAGAACCACAUAGAGUCCAAACGGUUGGUGAUAGGAAACCCCUCGCUUAUACUGGAAAUACAAGACUUUCUCCUUGAACAAUCCCACGGAAUGUUUCUCUGGGUCGCUCUGCAAAUCAUAUCCUUGUGCGACAUGAAAACGGAUGAUGCCAUUCGCCAGGCCCUAACGGACCUUCCUAAGGAUCUUUCGGAAACAUUUUCUCGUAUUUUACGGAAAGCAGAAGGAUCUGGAAAGACUUAUCAAAGACGGAUAUUAGAGCUGGUAACUAUAGCUCACCGUCCAUUAACAGCGGAAGAACUUAGAGACGCCUUAAGUGUAGACCCUGGUGAUGCUGUCUGGAACUGGUCAAGGAGUCUCAAUAACGUAAAUUCGAUUUUGGCUUGCUGCGGAAGCCUCCUUACUCUCGAUGAAGAGGAGAAGACUAUACGACUAGUGCACCAUAGCGUCAAGCAGUUCCUCCUAAGUGAGUUUGAAGACUCAGCCACCAUAGCAAUCACAAUCGAUGGCGCAAACAAGACAAUGGCAGGUAUCAUUGUUACCUGCCUCAAUUACAGCGUUUUUGCAACCCAGCUGUCUACUACAGUAUUCCCGCAAAUAAUGACUGCAUCAGCACCGUCCCAAAUCAUUCGUUCAAUGCCCGACUUAUCAAGCACUGUUCAAAGUCUUGCAUUAAAGCUCUUAAAGUCUAGGAAGAAACCUGACCUUGACAUUGGAAAGACUCUCGCGGAAACAAGCAAGCUUUUCAGUUCUCGUCCCAUGGAUGAAUUUCAAAUUUACUCUUAUGCAAAGCUAUAUUGGCUGCAGCAUAUCUUUUUCAUUUCAGAGAAAGAGCCAGUUAUGUACGACCUGCUGCGCAGGCUAUUUAAAGGCAAUGCAAUAAACAUGAUACGACAGAUAAAGAUGGCUGGACGCCGCUGUCACUUGCCGCGCGGGACGGGCACGAGGCUUUCCUAA